UGAAUAAUCCAUAGACCCGGAAGUGGGGCGGCGCUGCUGUUUUUUGCUGUCGAGUCACCUCUGUGUGGCCAGGAUGGAGGAAAACGAGCCGCUACCAUGCUGAGACACCACGGAUAACCCGACGGCCGAGCAUCACACCCCGGGACACCCGACAGGACACGAGGCGCCGUUUCGCUCCACGAACCCGCUGCGUCGCUCCCAGUACACGUCGCCAAAAUGAUGGAGGAAAUCGACAGGUUCCAAGUGCCUCCAGUGAACGGGGAGACACAGCCACUGGACCCAGCAGCAUCCUCCGCCUCUGAGACGAUGCCUGACACCAAGGGAGAGACUGUGACCAUGAACUACAAACCGUCACCACUGCAAGUCCAAAUAGAGAAACAGAGGGACCUCGCCAGGAAGGGAUCAGUGAAGAAUGGCACCGUGGGAAGUCCUGUCAAUCAACAACCCAAGAAGAAUUCCAGGACAAGGUUGGUGGUGCCCAACAAAGGUUACUCCUCUCUAGACCAGAGCCCGGAUGAGAAGCCCCUGGUAGCACUGGACACUGACAGUGAUGAUGACUUUGACAUGUCCAGAUACUCCUCAUCAGGAUACUCCUCAGCCGAGGUGAGAUGUCUGAGGGACCAGCAGAUCAACCAGGACCUGAACAUCCAGCUCCUGAAGGACGGCUACCGGCUCGAUGAGAUCCCGGACGACGAGGACCUGGAUCUGAUCCCCCCUAAAGCAGUGAACCCCACCUGCAUGUGCUGCCAGGCUGCUUCCUCCACAGCCUGUCAAAUCCAGUAGCACCAUUUCGCCCCCCACCCCCCCAAAAAAAAAAGAUCUCCUGCCUGCCACCUGCACCGAGGCCAACUAUUGAGCAGAGUGACAAACUAUCAGCUUGCCAUGGCACAAAGGGAAAAAAAACGAGGGUUUAUAAAUGCUAAAAUAAGAAGAAAAGGAUAUACAGUAGGUGAAGUCUUGAGAAAAUGUACAGUAUCUGUGCACCUUCCUCCUAUGGUUGGAUCUGUGCGUUUCACUUCUGCGUAGUUGCGGGGACUCGACUGAUGGCAGAAACUUUACCUCUAGUGACGACGUUUUUUACUUUUGCUUCUCCUUCGUUCGACCUCCAUGUCAUGCUUGUGGAUAUUUUCUUUCAUGAGGACGAUGAAGGAAGAGGGACAAACAAAAAAAGAAUGGGAUGACAGGAACUCUACCAAAUGCAUGUAAUGGUGAUGAGGUGUCGUCAUUGGUAGUGCAGCCACCCACCGAAAGUAGUUUGUUUCUGCGUGUGCGUCCUUGAUGGUGAGAUUAAUGGACGGGAAGAGAGCGGAUGUUGUGGCCAUUGUUUUUUUGUUUUUUUUCACAUCAUUUCUUUUUGCCAGUCUGAUUUGUCUGCCUGUGCGUAUGUGUCAGACUUGAAAUAUGAAAUUGGUUUGUCUGGUUAUGUCCAGGAAAGUAGUGCUAAACCUUUAAGUUACAAACACUUACAAUCAGAACAUCAAUCCAUCCAUAAACCACACUGUUUAUCAUUGAGAGUUAGGGCCUGGUCACACAUACACGGUUGCAAAGUGAAUAACGCGGGUCGAAGUUCACCAAGGUUGAACUUCACAAGAGGCCACACUACGAUUCGCCUCGGAAGCAAGGGUUCGCCACUGAAACAUUUGUGUAUGUGUGACCAGGCUUUUUAAGGUGAGGGUUCUAUCACAGGCCAAACAAGCAUUCGCUCACAACUACGUGUUGCCAGUUCCCUACAUGUCUUUGGACUGUGGGGAGAAGUCGGUGAAUGCCUAGGCAGGAAUGGGGAGAACGAGCCAUCAACCCACGGGCCAGGCCAUGGUCGAACUGGGGUUCAAACCCAGAGCCUUCCCCCGUGUGAACACCAAGCUGCCCCAUUCACAACAUUGAAAUACUAAUGCCAGAUUUAUUUUCUAAAUGUUUUGAAUGUUUAACCAAGGUCGUACUGCUUAACUGUUCCCUAUUCAGUUCAAAGAAGCUAAAAGCACAUAGUUUAUGCAUGUUGCCUGUUAACACUAUAGUCUAAUAAGCAGCCUGUGCACAUAAUUCCACCAUUUUUAUUGACCCCCCACACACGUCCUUGUGCUGAUGAGACUUUAUGUGAGGUGCACUUGGUAAUAUUUAGGUUUACCAACUGUAGGUUCAGUAGAUGUAGUGAUUUUAAAGUCCGUGGCAGGAACAGCUCAUGACUUUGUGUGUACUUGCUGUUGGUUGUCCCGACAUGAGAGGAUGUUUAGAUGUUCGCAGAAGCAGUUGCCACACUAGCGAAUUUAAAUUACGUAAGGGAAUCCGUUAACGUAUAAAAGACUUGAGAUAAUGUGCAGAUACACUGAGAGCUGUUGGAUUUUUGAUCAUACAUGAUACACAUACAUGAGAAUGUGUACAAAGGGAUUUCAUGUCGCCUGGAUGGAAAUGAAAUGGGAUUUUUUUUGGGGACAUACGAAGGGAAUUUUGAAAAGCUUUCCUUUCUUUUAAGUUCUGUUUUAAGUGUAUUUGUUUUGUAUGUUUGUAUAUUCACGCGUACUCCUCCUCGAGGUCGAAAAACAACAUUUUUCCGGGGACAAAAAGUGUAUAUGUAGCACCUGACACAGCUGUGUAUUGUCAAUGCUUUAUGCCAAUGGGUGUUCUCCAUUAUGUUGAAAAGGAAGUAGUCCUUGCUGUAUAGAAGUACUGAAUGCGCACCGUUUGUUCCCCGUCAUGUUUACAUCAUUCUGAAGACAUAUCUGGAGCUCUCAGAUCAGUCGGCUGUUCUUUAGUACAUUGCAUGUGAGUCUGCUCAGUGGAAGUGGGUUUCCCAAAAUGUUUACAUAUUUUAGUUUUUCCGCUGCAUAAUUCAGCUAUUAUGACUCCUGAACAAAAAACAUGAUUUAAUUUGAUCCCCAAGAUUUUAUCUAUUUAUCUUUUAUCCAGCGUUAGUUGAGGCAGGUCACUAGUAGUUGAGCCACAAUCCAGUAUGAAAGCUGACGGCAGCAGAUCUUAUUCACAGCACCCACAUCAGCUGUUGGCUCCUUUUCAUUCAAUCAGCAUAGCUCAUGUUGUGCACUCUAUUUAAGACACUUCACAACCUGCCUUUACCCCAGCACCUCCUUUUCAUAUUGAAUCUAACAAAAUCACAUGAUGUGUGAUCAUUGAUGCCGGCUCUGUUGUGGGGGGGGGACCCAAGCAGACUACAUGCACGCAGUAAAUGCUAACCACCGCACCCCCCGCCAUUUCAAUUCAAAACAAAUUAGUUUUGACAACAGUGCCCCUGACCAAACUACAGUUGUAGGCAAGUGUGCACUUUACACUGGUCCAAGUUAUUUCCUCAACGGUCAUGUGCAGUGUUUUGUGUUUAUGGGUUUACAUGGCAUCUUACAUUGUGUCCGCAUCUACAGCGCAAUCUCAUUUCUAGCAAUGUGUUUUGAUAUCUGAUGGUGUUUUUGGGAAACCUCACAUCUUCUAUAACUGAUGCCCUUCUCCAUGUGUUCAACGAUUUCAUGAUUCAUUGAGUGAAGGUUCAGUGUGUGAUGUAUGAACAGACGGAUGUGUGGAAAAGAGAGGAACCGCUGAUAGUGAUUUGAUUUACAAAAGUACACAAACAUGUUUGUUGUCCUUUCAUACAAGGUGCCAUAUGUGUAGAUAAUGUCAUAAGAACGGUGCAGUAGUUCAGGUGAUGUGUCACCAACACCUCCAGCUGAGGUGUGUGUGUUAGAGCAGUGGCUGUAUUCACUACAGUACAAUAUUAACAAUGAUGAGGUACUGACUGUGACUGAUUAUGGUGCUUCGUUAAUUUUAUUCAUCAACGUCAUUCACUCACACAGGUUGUGUGCACUAUACUCCUGCCCGGCGUCGUGGCCCUUUGGGGUGCAGCUUCACUAAUCUCCUGAGAUUUGGACACUAAAGUAAUGCAUUGUAACAAGCUAUUUAUUUGCAGUUGCGUGUGUUUUCAUUUAUUUAUCCAUGUAUGGGAAAUAAUCCAUAUACAAACAAAUGCUUUUUAUUUGCCAGAUGUUUUAUUAUGAUGACUGUGUACUGGUUCCAUUUAGGUUUUAACAGUGUUCAAAGUUCUGUGUAUAGUGCAACAAAUGACAAAUAAUAAAUAUUAGAUAUCUGAA